UGCUGAGUCCGUGUUCUGCAGUCUCAGCCAGAAGAUGUCACUCCAUCUACAAGGGUUUCGCUCAGUGUCUGAUGGCUCUGGGCGACAGUUUGACGGACAGCGCCCGCAAGGAGGAGGACACGCACGAGAUACACUCCAUCUGCAGGUCGUGGGAUGAGUUCCAUGACUGCGCUAACGUGGCGAUGGCUGGCUGUCCCGAGGAAGCGGCAGCUGUCUGGGAGUCUCUCCGCCAGGAGUCUAAGAAAAUGCAGUUCUCCGGAAACCUUUAUGACAUGUGCUCCAACCGUAACACCCACCCAGCGGCCUCGGUGUCCCCUAACGGCUCACCCAACCAAGAAGAGAUCAACCAGGAGUCUCUAAGAGGGAGGGCCUAUCACGUGGCAGUUUUCGGGACCCGUCACAGCUCAUCCUCAUCCUUUGGAAAGCUUCCAGCUUACACCUGCCUGCCGUCCUGCCACCUUUUGGAAUCUCUGGAACCCAGGUCAGCCAUCCACUCUGUUCAGCUCACCCGGAGCUACGCCUUCUCCCCUCAGAGCUACUCCUACUCCACCUGCAAUGUAAGCCACUCCUUCAGUUAA